AUGGAGCUUUCCCGGAUACGACCCGCACUUGCCGUAGCGCUACUCGCGCUAUGCGUUGCGCUCUCCGCGGUCUCUGCGCAAGCAAGUGCGUGCCUCCCCUUUGGCAAUCCCAAGCUUUGCAUCGGUAGCCGCAAGCGCGCCUCUAUCGAGGGAUCACACCCCAAGGGCUCCUGCACCCCCGUUAAAAGCAACGUCACUAUCCUGAUAAAGACUGCCUCCGAUUUUCAGAAGCGGAAACAGCAGGGCCGUAACCAAACCGUCGUGCUUAUGCUGCAGAACAGCCUGCUGCUCAGUCAAGGAAGCGGGUUGCUCUUUGACGGGGAUUUCUCCUGCACCAUUCUAACCGCGGACAAACCCAAUCUGUACAUCAAAUAUAACGACGACGAUAUGCCGACGCUUCGCAUCUGGAACACGAGCAACGUGCUUGUAUACGGCAUCAAUUUCCUCGUUGCAGUCACGGCCGCCUCGCCCCAGUGCCCGAACGUACCCGAGGUUGGUACCGGGGUCAACUGUCCCGCCGUACACAUCUCCCGGUCGUACGGUGUCAUCUUCGGCAAGUCUACAGUGUUCGGACGCGUGGACGUUCACAGGAGCAUGAAUUCGAGAGUCGACAGCAUCAAAGUUACCGGCACCCCGACUUUCGCCAGUUCGCACGGGGUCAUUCGCGUGGCGUACAGCGGACACAGCACGAAGCUUAUCAAGGCGAACAUCGCUAUAUCCAAUAACGAGGCGUAUGGUGUGGACACCCCGAUCGUCUUAUAUCGAGGCGCGGUGGGCGUGAAAGUGUUUCGCAACUACGUGCACGAUUUCAUCUUCGCUGGAAUCCGGUGCGGCGCGGACGUGCACUUCGCGGGCGACUGCAUGAUGACGAAUGUAUCCAACAACCUUGUAGUCGCUAAAGGACGCAACACUAACGGGGAUCACGACGCGGCGGGGAUCUACUACUGCACGCACUGGUUCAACCCGGGGAACGUGGCGCAGUGUAACUACGUCUUUAAUGGCGAUCAUUGCUACUAUUUGGACUAUGACACGUCGGACGUGCGCAUCCGCGGCGGCGCGUGUAUCAACACGUACGACGGGAUUAAAGUCAACAACGGCAAAAGGAACGUCAUCAAAGACGUGGUGAUGAAGGGGCAGAUUGGUGCAGUGGGGUGGUGCACGUGCCUCACGCCCACCGUGAACAACUGCCUCAAGGACCCCGGGCUCUACUGGGAGAACAUGCGCAAGGCUUACUAUGACACGCCCACAUUCAGAAAGGACCCCGGCCUGUACUGGGAGAACAUGCGCAAGGCCUAUUACGAUACGCCCACAUUUAGAAAGGUGAGCCUUGAUCUUUGUACUGGCCGUGGUGGAAGAAUGUGUGUCAGGAGAGCGCAGUCAACGGGCAGAACUGCAACCCCCCAGGCGGCAUGA